AGUUCCAAUGUAACAGUGGUCAUCUUAUUUUUUUAUAUCUCCUUGCAUUUUGAUACAAAAUAUUAGUAAUUCGUAAAGUGGUAUUACGUGAACAAGAUGAAAAUACGAUCCCACGCACUUCGAGAACGGUGGAAUGCGGCGCGCUAGCAACGAGUGAUAUGACGACGCGCAGUAGCGCGACCGCGAUUCGUGCGCGGCGCGGACACAAGGAGCGUUCUAAGAACUUCACAGAAUUGGAGAAGAGGACGGUACUCGAGCUGAUAGCGCGCCAUCGUGACGUGCUGCGGCAGGGACGCUCCAACAACGCGACCAACCGCAGCAAGCAGCUGGUGUGGUCUACAAUCUGCGAGGAGGUCAAUAAACGUUGCGGCGGCGACAGGCCGCGCACUCCUGCGCAGGUCAAGAUGUGGUAUGAAAAUUAUAAGAAAAAGUGUAAGAUGCGCGCACACGAUACACAGCCACCACCAGCGGAAGCGCCCGGCCUUCUCGAUGGCAUGCUCUGGCAAAGCAUUCACCCUCUAGAUGUCAAAGACGAAGAAGGCGAAGCGACAACAAGCGCGGAGGGCGCUCACAGCGUGAAGGAUGACGAUUGUAUACCUGUCAACAUGUCAAACGGCCGCCUAUCAACGAACGACAGCGACGAUACGAUGCCAAACGUACUCGAGCCCCAGGUCCAAAUUAUCCCCCAAUCCUCCCCCACGCCACCCCCAACAAAGUCCCUCCCUAACCCACAGAUCAAUCCGCUCACGCUUACCUCCCACCUUCCCAUCAUAACGAAUCCCUUACAAGCGAUCGAACAAGCUAGAAUUCAGCAGAAUUUUCUACAGAAAUUAAACGAAUUAUCGAACACACCUUUAAAUUUGAGCCAUUUGGACGACGAUAACAGGAAGAAUGGUCACGAUAGACAAGAUAAGUCAGAAGAGAUUAAACAUGACUACGGCUCCGCCACUGAAGAGGAGAGGUUAUACUUCACAGCGAAGAGGCAGCACGCGAUAUGGGAGCACGAAGCGAAAAUGAAAAUCCUGAACAUGGAACUCAGACAGAAGGAGGAAAUAUUUUCAUUGCAAAAGCAACUCUUUCUCAUCGAGUUAAGAUUAAAAAUGGAUUUCUUAGAAAAGGCCAGCGCGAAGUGAAACAAUGUCGGUCCUAUACGUUUUCCGUCUCUCUUGCGCUGGUUAUGCAAGGGAUGUAUUCCCUAUUGGGAAUUGUUGCGCGAAAGAGACAACUAUUGAUUAAGGUUUAUUCAGAUGCCAUAGUCCAUACAGUGCCAUCGUAAAGUAAUAUUAAAGCUACCAUAUUUUUUGUGCUAAGGUGUCGUUCUAUUCAGCCCAAUUUGACAGUAUUUUUUUAAUAUGAAAUAUUAUGAAAACUUAGAAAUUGGGCGUUAUUGCUUGCUAAGGAAAGGUUUCGAAUUAAAGCAGGUUUUUGGUGCGAUUUAAUUUUUUUAAAUAUUUUUGAUAGAUCAUUUUCUUUAAAACGAUUCGUACCAAAUUUGGGCUUCGAUAUGUGAUGUUUAAAGUUAGGGAUACAUUAUUUUUGUAAUCUUCAUUUCGUAUAGUUUAUUUUGUACAUUAUUUUUUUUUUUAGUUUUUUUUUUAGUGCAUAUAAUGUGCUUAAAGUUUUAUUAGCCGCGUUUGUAUGCGGAUUUAUUUUUUAUAGUAUUAUAUUUUCAAGAUGGCAGCUAAAAUAUCAUGCAACAAACGAAAUAACUGCCAAAUAUAUAGAAUUUUGCAUAAUUGUUAUAUUUUUAACGUUAUAGGUACUUAGUGCUCUAGACGGAGCGUAUUUUUUUUUCAUCUUAGGCUAGAGUCCCCGCUUUUGGGGACCAACUUGGACAUUUAGUGUCGAGUCCUUUGGCAAAGUGGUAUAAGUGAAAAUCCUAGUCUAGUAAUUUUCGUUUUAAUUUUAUGAAGUAGUUAUCUAAGAUAUUAUUAAAUUAAAAAAAAAAAAACGCACACUAUGAAUAUUCUGAACAGCGAUAGAUCUAUAUUUUUCGCGUUUGAUUUAUAUAUCUAUAGAUAUAAAUAUUCUUAACGCACGAAUAGAUCGAUUUUGAUGCGAUUCAGUGUAUUUUCUUUAUACGACAUUAGUUUUUAACUACUUCAUAAAAUUUCAUUUUCAAGUCAGCGACGUGCCAAUAACGAGAACCAUUGUUAUGUAAUUAUUAUAUAUAGUUAUUACAUUUAUAAGAUAUAGAUGAAAUAUUAAAAAAAAAAAAAAAAUAUGAUACGUAAAGUAGACAAUCCCUACGGAAAUAUGAAAUUCGAAGCAGUAUGAUAUUAAUAACAUUGUAAGUAAUUUAUAUUGUAGGAAUUGAAAUAAAAAUCAGUACAAAAAUGUUGUUAGAAAAAAAUAAUUAAAUAAUAUAUUACCUCAUACUGACAGUGUAUUGUACAUAAAUAGAUAUAGUUGUGUAAAGAUUUAGAAAACUUUUAUAUGGGACUUACACCCUCUUUUGUUGUUCACGGUAUAAAAUGUUGCCAGAUAUAAAAAAGAAAUCUGUAAUGGCAACACUGGCGUUUUUAACAAACAAUUUUACAAUGUGAUGUAUUUAAUAAGAUCUCAACACAGACAUAAAAAUAUUUUAUCAGGUAUAAUAAAGCAACAUAUAAUAACAAUUGUACGAUUGUGUUUCGUAUUAAUUUUUAUUUGAUUCACUAUUAAGUUAAUCUGAUUAAAUUGGAUAUUAUUGAUAUUGAAUAAAGAAUUUAUUUUCUGUUC